AUGAAGAUCAUUAUUGUUGGUGCUGGCAUCUCAGGAUGUGCCAUUUAUCUCCAACUUCGGAAACAUCUUCCGAAACCUCCAUCUGGGGAAGAUCACGAAAUCACAAUCUACGAAGCAUAUGACACAAACAUCAACACCACAUCUGAAGAUCGUGGAGAUGGUCCAACUCAUUCGUCAACACUCAUUAUCGGGGGUGGUCUGGGAGUUGGCGCCAAUGGCCUGAGUGUCCUCAAACGCUUAGACGAAGACAUGUUACGUGAUAUUGUCCGUGGCGGAUACAGCUGUGCGACAAUGAACAUGAAGAGCAAAAAUGGCACUGUCUUGGCUCAGAUGCGGCCGGCUGGGAAACCAGCUUUGGAUGGGAAAGGACAGGAAACCAUGAAUACAGUUGCAUGUAGUCGACAUGCUUUGUGGAGAGAAAUUCGUAAAAGAGUCCCUGACCCGGAUAUCAUAACUAAGAGAGUAUCUGAAGUGGUUGCGAAACCAGAUGGUCUCAAUAUUGUGAGCUUCAUGGAUGGAAGUCCGUCUGUGGAAGCUGACCUGGUCAUUGGGGCUGAUGGACUUAAAGGCUUGGCCAAGAAGGCAAUUUUUUCAGCAGAAAAAGAAGACCCAUAUCCUCCUCACUACGAGGGACUCUGUGGAAUUGGUGGCUUCAUACCAUACUCCCAAGUAAAAGGGCACGUUGAGACCGGAUCCAUGAAUUUUGUCAUGGGUGGCAACGGCUUCUUUGGGUACUUCAUCGCAGAGAGUGCGCAUGAUGCUCCUUACCGUGAUUCUCCGUACCAUGUAUCUCCACCAGGAGAAAGCGUCGGCUGGUGGUCGACAUACGCUGUCGACGAGUGUCCCGACCCGAAAUCAGUAGACAAGGAGGACAUCCUCAAACAACUCCGUCAGCGACACAAAGAUUGGAAAGAUCCAGUUAUACGGAAAGUGCUCGAGACUUCAAAAGUGACAAACAUGUAUCCUACGUGGAUUGUUCCUCCACUGCCAACAUGGGAACGGGACGGCGUGGUCUUGGUGGGCGAUGCUGCUCAUGCGCUUCCACCUACAUCUGGCCAGGGUUGCUCUCAGGCAUUAGAGGAUGUUGAAUGCUUUGCUCUGUUUCUCAGCCACCACCUGGGUAAGGCUUACGAUAGUAAGACUGGUCUGGUGGAUUACAAGGAUAUUGUCAGGGCGGCAGCGAAGCAAUACAUGGAUCUCCGCCAACCGCGGGUGAAGAAGAUUCUGGACCAUGCUCAGAAGUGGCAGGACAAGAAGCGUGAUAAGACGGCUGUUGAAGAGUACAUAAUGUAUGGGUUUAUGUGGAUGAUAGGGUGGUUCCCGAAUGUUAUGACAAAGCCGUUGAAGCAGCUUGCGGAGUAUAAUAUAGCGGCAGAGGUGAAGAAUGUUUUGAAUGCAGCGAAAUGA